UAUAAAUAAUGCCUUGUUUGGUGAACAGUUGCUGCAGACUGCUUUUCUGUCUUCAUCCCCACACAGGUGAAACCAAAGCCAUUAUUGUUGAAGCUGUUGAAGUUAGCUGGUGCGGAAAAGGACACUUUUACUAUGAAGGAGGUAAUAUUCUAUCUUGGACAAUAUAUUAUGUCUAAACAAUUAUAUGAUGAAAAAGAGCAACACAUUGUGCACUGUGCAAAUGAUCUCCUUGGGGAUUUAUUUGGAGUAACAAGCUUUUCAGUAAAAGAACACAGGAGGGUAUAUUCGAUGAUUUGCAGAAACCUGGUAGCAAUCAAUCAACAAGACUGUACACUUGCUGACACACCUGAGGUUGAUGCCAGAUUUCAGCUUGAGAAAGAAAAUGUUUUAAAGGAGUCCAUGCAAGAGUUAGAAGAGAAGCAGACUUCAUCAAACGUGACUUCCCGACCAACAGCAUCAUCUAGGAGGAGAACACACAGCGAAUCUGAAAAUUCUCCAGAUGAUCCUCAUGCUGACAGAAGAAAACGACACAAGUCAGACAGCAUUUCGUUGACAUUUGAUGAAAGUCUCUCAUGGUGUGUUGUCAGUGGGCUGUGCCGGGAAAGAAGCAAUAGCAGUGAUUCAACAGAUUCUCUUUCCAUUCCUGAUCUCGAUGCCAGUUCACUAAGCGAAAACUCCGAUUGGUUUGACCAUAGUUCUGUUUCAGACCAGUUCAGUGUGGAGUUUGAAGUUGAAUCUAUUUAUUCAGAAGACUAUAGCCAUAAUGAAGAAGGACAGGAGCUCACAGAUGAAGAUGAUGAGGUAUAUCAGCUGACCAUUUAUCAGGAUGAAGAUAGUGAUGCUGAUUCAUUCAAUGAAGAUCCAGAGAUUUCUCUAGCCGAUUAUUGGAAGUGUCCAGAAUGCAGCGAAAUGAAUCCUCCACUUCCACGACAUUGCCACAGAUGCUGGGCCCUUCGAGAGGACUGGCUUCCCGAUGAAAAGAGUGAGAAAUUGGCGAAGAGCAAACUAGAAAGUUCUUUCCACCUAGAAUCUGAAGAAGGUUUUGAUGUACCUGACUGUAAGAAAGUGAAAAUGACUGAAGAUAAAGAACCACCUGUGGAGGAGAAUGAAGAUAAAGCAGUACAAAUAUCCGAGUCCCAGGAAAGUGAGGAUUAUUCUCAGCCAUCUACGUCUAGCAGCAUGUAUUGCAGCAGUCAGGAGGACUACAAGGAACCCGAGAAGAGAGAGAUGCAAGGCAAAGAGGAAAGCGUGGAGUCCAGUCUGCCUGUUAGCAGCAUAGAGCCCUGCGUCAUAUGCCAAAGCAGACCUAAAAAUGGUUGCAUAGUACAUGGCAAAACGGGACAUCUCAUGUCGUGUUUCACCUGUGCAAGGAAGCUGAAGAAGAGGAACAAACCGUGUCCGGUGUGCAGACAACCUAUCCAGAUGAUCGUACUAACUUAUUUUGGUUAGAACCGUGUUGAGUGAAAAGCAGCAGAAGGAACAUUAUAUAUAAACUGGUACCACAAUUAAGAGAGUAAGAAAUUAUUUUUAUAUACUUAUUGGCAGAUUAAUAUUUUGUGUGUCAUUGCCUUUGGUAAGAAAAGUCAUUAUUGAAAUAAAUGCACUGGAAUUGAUUGUUAAGUUUAGCCUAAUGCUCAUUAGUCCACUUGAAUAUUUUAAGUCCCUCUCAGUAGAAGUAACCAAUUCGUACUGGAUACUAUUUGCCUUCCCAAAAGUUUUACUGUACAUAAAAGGUAGCAAGGUUUGUAUUACUGGAUUGAUCACACAUUAAGAACCCAAGUUCAGAGAUUAACAGAGGAAGUACAUUUUGAAGAGUUCAUUUAAAGUCAGUUCCUCCUCUUGAAAGGGGAUUCUCUACAUUCCAGUAUCCAUUGUCUAGUGAAGACACCAGGCAAAAUCAGAACCCUCAGAAUAAGUUAAUAAAAUAACAGAAUAGAGCCUUGUCUCCUGCAUUCCCAUAAGAUGAGAUUCUCCAAGAAGGAGAUCUUUUGGAUACGUACCUGGAGACGGGGGAAGUUGUGAUAGAAAAUAGCAUUCAUAAUUUUGCAAACAGAAAAGGGUACUGUGUCUUGUUUAAAACCUGCAUUGUGAACUUGAGGGCUUUAUGAAUGUGUCCUGAGAAAAAGUCAUUGACCAGCUAGUCUUACAGUUACCUCUUAAGUAUACUGAGAAACAGACUUCUGAAGUACUCUGUGGUUUGGCAGUCUGUGCUAUGCUGGUUAUGUUAGCAGAGUGUGAGAGAUGUGAGUGGGCAAGGUAAAUGAAGGAGAGCUUACGUUAAAAGCCAGGCAAAUAGGUGAUACCGGGCAAUGUUUGAAUUUUCUCUGCACUUGUUUUUGACUUCAGUAGCAUGGCACACAGCUUGAUCACUCUGUUCACUUGAAUAAAAAUAGUGGAAAAAAAAUCUAUAAAAAAUCCACCUCCAUCUGCAGAAACAAACGAGCUCUGUAGUUCUGUUUCACACUGUUUGGUUUUUGUUAGUUUGUUUUUAAGUUCAGCAAUCUUUCUGACUUGUGCUGUUUUUAUCUGUACCAUAAGCAUUUUGAAAAUCUCUUGCAAGGUGUUUGCUCGAAUCAAUGUUUGUCUGAGUUGGAUUUGUCCUUACUGCUUUUAGCUCGUCUCCUCACUGUACUUCACCAAAAACUUUGUGAAAUUUACCAGUUCCUUUAUUAAGAAGUUGAGUAACUUAGUUCUGUGAUGCAUUCAGAGGGGGUAAUGCAAAUAUUUUUGUAUGGUAAAGUUCUAAAGAUGUAGCUAGCUUACUCAUCUGAGCUGUUCUUUGGAUGGAGAGUUUCUAUAGCGGUGAGUUGGAUUUAUUUCUUCGGAGAGCUCCAUUACAAGAGGACUUGCGUGUUCCCAGCAGCUUGUUGUUUGUUCACCUAGUUGAGCUAAUAUUUGAAAGCUACUGCUAAAAGAUACUGGUAUCUCUGAGGUUUUUUUUUUUUUUCAGUUCAUUGUAACUAAACAAAAACCGUAAGACAUCCUCUGUUUAUUCAAAGGAAGAAUUGUGCACGCGCAGAGGUCUUGUUCUUGAAGGCUGUGAAGUGGCAGCUGUUGGUUGGAAGCUGUUGAAGCUGUUACAGGCUUUGGUCAGCAGGAACCUUUCAGCUGGGUUUUGGCAGUCCUUCAGCCUGAGGUGGAGGAGUGUUUGAGCAGAUAGUGAAUUUUUUCAGCUACCAGUGCUUCUAAUACAUGGUUACCUGCUUUAAUUGACAUUUAUUUCUAUUUAUUUCUUGUGUUUUUUGUUUGGUAAAUUGAAGUACAGUACAGCUUGCAGAGGCUAUCCCAUUGCAGCUGCCGGUCAGAACUGAGUGGUGGUCAGAUGGGUCUGCAAUGUGCAGUUAACAGAGUUAUAAACUCGUACAUUCAGGGGAAGCAGUGUUCAAGUUGGGAGUGUGCUUAAAAUCUUCAUCCCUUGCAUUGUCUCUUAUGUCUGAGGCUUUUUUGUUUGUUUGAUACCUUCUCUACAGUCACUGUAAUGGCUGUGUAACUGCAGUCAUGGGGAGCAGCUGUUCUCAGCCCAGUUCCUGCUGGGACAAAUUGCCGUCCUGGUCUUCCAACCCCCUUAAGUGCUCUCCAUAUGUUAAAAUACUUCAGCCCUCAAAGAUGCAUGCAUGGUCACAGCAGUGAUCUUGCUGCUUGCAAGUGCUCAGCUUUAGAAUUUUCCUUCAGAACCAAUCCCACUAAAGCUUUCUGCUUUGGCGUAACGUAAAACAAAAGCGUUCAGCACAGCAUUUUUUUUCCUUUUAUGCUAAAAAGUUUUACAUCCUCAGCAUGUCUUCUGUAGUGGAAGAUAGCCCUGGAAAUGCCCUCUACUCCAUGGAGUACCAAGGAAACUGGUACUUUCGGUGCCUGAUUCCUUGGCCAAGCUACUGUGUCAGAGCAAUUUUUUAAAAAUUAUGUUUUCUGGCCUAAUGUUAUUUUUAACAGCUCGUAAGUUUGUUUGUUCCUGAGUUUUGUUUUUUGUGUAGAAGCAUGCCUUACAGACAAGGGAAUGCAGUGCCGAGCAUCGGCAUCGGUCUCAUCUCCUCUAUGGGAAGCUGGCGGGGGCAUGCGAAUCUGGGGGAUGUUUGUGACUUUUGCCUUGUGCUGUGGACCAAGACCCAGGCUGAGAACAGGCGUUUUGUCCAAAAUGCUGAAAUCUGGGGGCUCGUCUCCAUGCAGCCGCCCUGAAUACACGCUGUGACACCCAAGAAAGGGGAUAAUGGUGACCAGCCUUUGCUUGUUGCCCUGUUCUUUUGGCACAGAUACAAUUGCCUGUCCUUGGGUGGCGGUGCAAAAGUUGACAUUUAUUCUUAUGUGGUGAGGUGUAUUUAAUAUUGUAUGCGUGUUAAUUUAUUGCAGUUUGUAAAUAUUCUUGUGCUUGUAGUUAGUGUUUGGAGCUUUAAUUUAUUGAAUUAGCCCUCUGGUACACGUGCAGAUGAACCAGCGUGCGUGCUUAGUGAAUCGCAGUUACAAGGAGACUAAGAAAAUGUAGCAUUAAAAACAAAGGUCGGCACAGCUAGAUUCGGACUAAGAGCAACAUAGGAAGGCUUAUGUCUUCUUUUCUCCUUCCCUUAAUACAAUUUCUGUGUUGAAACUGUACAGCACGUAUUAGAGGUGGAAGCUGAUGCUACAUUAGCAUGGUGAAAAUCCAUUGGCGGUGCUUUCUGUUGGAAUGCUUUUCCAUCUCCAAAUACUGCUCCGUUGUGGUGGUAACGCUGGGGGUCACUGUAGGGAAGGUGCGACACCGUGAGAGGCUUCCCAGUCAAACUCUGCACUGAGUGGUAAUUUCUCUCUCCUUUGAUGAAGAGGCUGAAGGAAUGGCCGGAUACUUGGAAAAUUUGUAAGUGUACAAUGUCUGUAAUUGUCAUAGUCUAUUUCUUCAUGCACUUCAGGUCGACAGUGUUCAGGUGCAAACACUGCAAGGACUCGCAUUUGUACAAGAAAACCACUUUUGGAUAAAAUACGACUUCACCCAAGAAGGCCAAGUGCAAAGUGAAGUACCCAAGACAGGUGCCAAAACGGCUUUGUUUCAGCAUCUAACACGUCCCAAAAAUGCCAGGACUGUUGAAUGUUAAAACAAUUAAGAACCUUUAACGCUGAAAGUUCACUUCAAAUUUAUUACAUUACAAGCCUGUUGCCUUUAUCUGUUAAAAACCUUGUCGGAGUGAAGCAGGUAGCUGGGUUGCUGAUUGUAUCACUCAUCCACUCUGCAAGGACUGUUGGUGUUGUGCACCCACCGCGUGUUGUGUUAGCGAUGCUGCCUCGCAGCCUGGAGGAAGUCCGAGCCGUGCUGUGUUGCACAAGAAGCUUUGGCUGCCCCUUCAGCUAGGAGUUUGAUUUAGAAACAGGCAAAUGCACUACAAAAUUUAAUUGUUGGGGUGUUCUAUUUAUUUCUAGCAGCCUGGUACAAUUAUAUCACCAUGUUCCAUUUUCUGUUAUUUGGUUUAAAUGUCACUGUGUGAAAUUUCUGUAUGGGUAUGAAAACACAUGGAAGACUUUGGGCAUGUUUUUUCCCCUAAAACAAGGGGGAAAAACAAUUCCUCAUUCUUGCAAAAAGCAUCAGCAAGAAUAAUUUUCAGAAUGCUCUUACAGGAGAGAGAGUGGUGUAUCUGCUUUUUGGGUUACUUAGUUUAAAGUUUGAGCAAGCAAAAAAUGAAAAAAAAAAAUCAACCAACCCCCAAACGUGGGCUUAUGGUAUUUUUUUUAAAAGCAAUAGACUGAACUUACUGAAAAGGAAAAAUUGUUGCUUUCAUCUAAUGUGUACAUGCUUUUAUUUACCACAGCCACAAUGAAAUUUGAAUGCCUCGCUCUCAUACCUACUGUACAUGUAAAAGUUGUGGGUUAUACUUCAGAAGGUGUUCUGUCCCCUUUUAGUAGAUGUUGCUUUAAGUUAACAGCCUGACUUUCGAGGGGCAGGUUUUCCUGUUUGUUUUUUUGCUAAAUUGAUGGCAGUCAGUGUGAAGAGUACAUAAUACCUGAAAUAACAAAUUGCUUUUCCACAAGCAGAGUCUGACUUUGCAGAGUUGGAAUUGUUAUUAAAUAGAGGGUUUAAUAGUAGAGUUAAAUAACUAUGCAAUUUUGCCACCAGGCGUAGGUUGCUGAACACGCUUUUGGUGACUUGUGUGAACCUUGUAGCUAACCGUCGCAGGUCCUGCUGCGUCCAGCAGCCCUUCGCAUGCAGCUGGCCACCAAUCGCACAGCGCAUAGUUCCCUUUGUGAGAAGAGUUUCAUGCGUAUUGCAUUCGUGUUUUGGUUUUCAGUUUUUCUGAGAAAAUUAACUAUGAUGUCUAAAGAGCUUUAAAUAAAGAUGUGUUUAUAUGCUG